AAUACCUCACUGAGUACCUCACAUAAGAUGGGCUCUAAGUGAGUUUCACUUGUCUGGGCAGAAUUUCUCCCCUCUUCUAUAAAGGCUGCAGAAGACCUAUAGCUGUAACGGGACCUUUCAUAAGAAACUGGAGAGGACGCUCCCAGCCCAGCCAUCACCAUGCCCAGGGUGUUUUUGGACACUCCUCAGCGGUUGCUCAAGGAGGGGAGAGAGUCACGGAAGCUGGUACUGGUGGUGGUGUUUGUUGCUCUGCUUCUGGACAACAUGCUGCUUACUGUAGUGGUGCCCAUUAUACCCAACUUCCUAUAUGCCACAGAGUUCAAAGAAAUCAACGCUCCUCUAUACCUUGGCCUCACCACAAUUUCUCAGCAUGUCCUUACUUCUCCUGCCUUUUCCACCAUCUUCUCCUUCUUUGAUAACAACACCAUGGCUAUCGAAGAAAGUGCACCCAGUGGCACAGCAUGGACAGAUGACAAUGCUGGCACCAUCCCCCCUCCAGUCACUGGAGCCAUCCCAGCACAACAAAACAACUGUUUGCAAGGCACAGAGUUUCUGGAGGAAGAGAACUUGCGGGUUGGGGUUCUGUUUGCUUCAAAGGCUUUGAUGCAACUUCUGGUCAACCCUUUUGUGGGACCUCUCACCAACAGAAUUGGAUAUCACAUCCCCAUGUUUGCUGGCUUUGUUAUCCUGUUUGUCUCCACAGUUAUGUUUGCUUUUUCUGGUACCUAUACCCUACUGUUUGUGGCCCGAACCCUUCAAGGCAUUGGAUCUUCAUUUUCAUCUGUUGCAGGUCUUGGGAUGCUGGCAAGUGUCUACACUGAUGACUAUGAGAGAGGGCGUGCCAUGGGAAUCGCCUUGGGGGGCCUGGCUUUGGGAGUGCUGGUGGGAGCUCCUUUUGGAAGUGUGAUGUAUGUAUUUGUUGGGCAGUCUUCACCCUUCCUCAUAUUGGCCUUCCUGACACUACUGGAUGGAGCACUCCAGCUGUGUAUCCUACAGCCUUCCAGAGUCUCUCCUGAAAGUGCCAGGGGGACACCGCUCCUUACACUUCUCAAAGACCCUUAUAUCCUGGUGGCUGCAGGCUCCCUCUGCUUUGCUAACAUGGGAGUGGCCAUGCUGGAGCCCACACUGCCCAUCUGGAUGAUGCAGACCAUGCGCUCGCCUGAGUGGCAGUUAGGUCUAGCUUUCUUGCCUGCCAGUGUGUCCUACCUUAUUGGCAUCAACCUCUUUGGUGUGUUGGCCAACAAGAUGGGUCGGUGGCUGUGCUCCCUGAUUGGGAUGAUUGUAGUAGGCACCAGCUUGCUUUGUGUUCCUCUGGCUCACAAUAUUUUUGGUCUCAUUGGCCCCAAUGCAGGGCUUGGCUUUUCCAUAGGCAUGGUUGAUUCCUCUAUGAUGCCCAUCAUGGGACACUUGGUGGACCUGCGUCACACAUCAGUGUAUGGGAGUGUCUAUGCCAUAGCUGAUGUGGCUUUUUGUAUGGGCUUUGCUAUAGGCCCAUCCACUGGGGGUGCCAUUGUGCAUGCCAUUGGCUUCCCCUGGCUUAUGGUCAUCAUUGGGGUCAUCAACAUCAUCUAUGCUCCUCUCUGCUACUACCUGAGAAGCCCCCCAGCCAAGGAGGAAAAUCUUGCAAUUUUGAGCCAGGACUGCGCCAUGGAGACUCGGAUGUGUGCAACUCAGAAGCCCACAAGGGAAUUCCCUCUGGGGGAGGACAGCGAUGAGGAGCCUGGCAGUGAAGAGUAG